GCCCCGCGCCACGCGGAGGAGGAGCAGCAGAUCCCCGGAGCACGUUAAAGAGCGAGGCCGAGCGCGGCGGGGAGGAAGCGAACGGCUCUGUGGAGGCAACGGAGCGGCGGCCGCAGAGCGCCCGCCCCGGCCGGAGCUAAGUUCCCGGCAGCGGCUCGGCCGGGCCCGGCGCUGGGUGCGGGAUCGGGGCCGGUGGCCGAGCCCGCAGCCCCGCACCAUGCCCGCCGCGCUGCCCAGCCUGCUGGCCUGGCUGGCGGUGCUGCUGCUCGGCAGGGCCCGCCCGGCCGACGCCUGCAGCUGCUCGCCCAUCCACCCGCAGCAGGCCUUCUGCAACGCCGACGUAGUGAUCCGAGCCAAGGCCGUCUCUGCGAAAGAGGUGGAUUCAGGGAACGAUAUAUACGGGAAUCCAAUCAAACGCAUCCAGUAUGAAAUCAAGCAGAUCAAGAUGUUCAAGGGUCCCGACCAGGACAUAGAGUUCAUCUACACGGCUCCGUCGACUGCCGUGUGCGGCCGGCUGCUGGACACCGGCGGGAAGAAGGAGUAUCUCAUCGCAGGUAAGUCAGAGGGCAAUGGCAAGAUGCACAUCACACUCUGCGACUUGGUCUCCACUUGGGACUCGCUGACCCCGACCCAGAAGAAGAGCCUAAACCAGCGGUACCAGAUGGGCUGCGAGUGCAAGAUCUCGCGCUGCCUCUCCAUCCCUUGCUUCGUCUCCUCCUCGGACGAGUGUCUUUGGACAGACUGGGCGAUGGAGAAGAACAACGUGGACGGGCGGCAGGCCAAGCACUACGCCUGCAUCAAGAGGAGCGACGGCUCAUGUGCCUGGUACCGUGGCAUGGCCCCCCCCAAGCAAGAGUUUCUCGACAUCGAGGACCCCUAAGCCAAACAAGCGCAUUCCAGUAGCCAGUAGAAAAAACUUGCGAGAUGUUAGACUGGUCCAUGCUGAUAUCAAACCCUGGAGACAGCAUGAAAAUCUGCUCGGCCGCGGGGGUCACUGGAGGCUGCCACGUGCAUGCGGGGGGCAGGGACGGGGACCCACUUCGUCGCAGGCACCUGGCAGUCCAGGGCCACACUGGCAACUUGGGUUUGUGCAGGGCUGAGCAGGGUGUGGGGUCCGGUCCCCCUGCCAGCGUCAUGACUCCCCAGCCAUGCUUGGCCCUGCCCUGGCAGCUGUGAAGGAAUCGAGCCCUUUUGAGUGGCGGGAGCUGCCCCAGCUGCGUAGCAGGUCUACCAGUGCCCCCGCCGCGGGAGCCGCCCCCGCAGCUCUGGCCAGGCAGCCCUCCCCACCACAGUGCCCAGAGACCGCCCCGUCCCCCUCCCCACCCAUUGCCCAUCCGUCCCCUCGGGGUGCAGGAAGGGUACCUCUCUGGGCAGGGGCUCCUGAGGGCUUUACCAUGCAGCAGAGCCCCCAGCUGAGUGCAAGAGGCUCCAGGCCUUUCACAGGGCCAGAGGACUCGAGCAGGUGCCUUGUCCGAAAAAGCUGGAGGGGCACGUUAGCAUAUCAGGGGUGAUCCCCACAUGCACCCAGGCACUGCUGCCCCUCUCUCCACAUGUUCCUCUCUCCAGUGGGUUCCAUUCCCCUGCAACCUCCUGCAGAUCCUUCUGCAGCUGCCACCGUUGGACCAGUUGAGACCCACUGGUGGCAGGGCAGCUGCAGGAAAACCUGUCCCCUCCAGUGAACCCCCUGCACCCUCAGCCCCACAUUCUCUGAGCCACCUCCACGCUGCAGCAGUGCUGGCGUGUGCCGCAGAGCUGCCCCGCUGCAAUGCCCGUGGCACCGGCAUGUACACCCACGGCUUUGGGAGCAUGCCAGGAAUGCUCCCUGUGGCCCUGCGUCGGGGGCGUUUUCAUGCUGUGUGUCCCUGCAAGGUUUGAGAUGUCAUACUGGACCAGUCUGGGCAAUUGCAACAUAUUAAAGAGAAAAAUUAAAAAGAAGGAAAAAGAAAAAAAAAAAAACCACCCAACCUUUACUCAGUCCCGACCGCGCAUCCCAGGCGCUCUGUAUGGCUAUACCCGCUGUGCUCCUGUCGCUGCUGCUCCUCUGUCUUUGACUUCAAUAUCGCCACUUGUUUUGCCGCCGG